AAUUUAAAUUUCUGAACUAUGCCCAAAGAAAUUCAAGCUGAGCUCUCUUCCAACAUAUAAAAUACGGGCUCUGAAGAUAAUUUUUUUUUCAGUUCUUUACCGUUCUCUUAACAGCCUCUCAACCAACUCCCUUCAUCCUCUCCUCUCUCAGUAAACAUGUUCGCUCGUCUCUUCGCUGUUGCCUCUCUUGCCGCCGUUGCUAUUGCCACCAGUGGCCAAUGCAACACCGGCAGCAUCACAUGUUGCGAGAGUAAAACUUCCACCAGCAACUACAACAGUGCUGCUGAGCUCCUAGGUCUCGUACCCGUUGCCGCUAAUGUUGCUGCGGACGUUGGCCUCGUCUGUAGCCCUGUCACUGUUGUUGGCACCGGUGCUGGCUGUGAGGCUAACCAGGAGCCUUUGUGCUGUACCGACAACAAAUAUAACGGCCUCGUUAACCUUGGCUGUACUCCCAUCAACGUCAGCGCCUAGAUUUCUAGCAUGCUCUCGAUGGUCAGUUUAUUUGGGGAGUAAUUAAUGUGGGGUUGGAAGGUCGUUCACGGGCAUUUAUAUUUGAUACCGCAUUGUCGACAAUCAUAGUACUUCAUUCUAAUCACUCGCUUUUUGUUUGCUUUAAAAUUUCUGCGCGUUCAUGUGAGAUCCUUCACUGGCUUGACUGAGACACGGAACACGCGGUGAUAUUGUUCCUCUUCUGUUCUUUGCCUUAUUCACUAUCUCGCAUCUAGCAAUGCACCUCAUGCUGUUGUGCGUGAUUGUGUGC